CUGUAGACAUCGUUACCAGUUGAUAUUUUCUUUCCUGAGGACCAGCUGUUCAAGAGCACCUAGGAACAGAGCCAGGCACAGUUGAGACUCGGCUGGCACUUAGCACCGUGGCAGAUUCCUCUGCAACAAUGUCGGUGUUAGAAGAAAGCCGGCCGUUUGCUCAACAGCUAUCCAAUGUCUAUUUUACGAUACUAUCCCUUUUCUGUUUUAAACUUUUUGUGAAAAUCAGCCUUGCCAUCCUUAGUCAUUUCUACAUCGUGAAAGGCAACAGAAAGGAGGCCGCCAGGAUAGCAGCUGAAUUUUAUGGAGUAACCCAAGGACAAGGCUCCUGGGCAGAUCGAUCACCACUGCAUGAAGCUGCAAGUCAAGGUCGUCUUCUUGCUCUGAGGACAUUAUUAUCACAAGGUUAUAAUGUAAAUGCAGUAACCAUAGACCAUGUCACCCCACUCCAUGAGGCCUGCUUGGGUGAUCAUGUGGCAUGUGCAAGGACUCUUCUGGAAGCUGGAGCUAAUGCAAAUGCAAUCACGAUAGACGGUGUAACUCCCUUGUUCAAUGCGUGCUCACAAGGCAGUGCAAGCUGUACAGAACUUCUUCUGGAAUAUGGUGCCAAAGCCCAAUUGGAGUCCUGUUUUCCAUCUCCCACACAUGAGGCUGUGAGUAAAGGACACCAUGACUGUCUCGACAUUUUGAUAUCCUGGGGCAUAGACGUUGACCAAGACAUUCCUCACCUGGGAACUCCCCUUUAUGUAGCUUGUAAUUCACAGCAGCUCCUUUGCAUCUGGAAGCUUCUUUAUGCUGGUGCUGAUGUACACAAGGGCAAGUACUGGGACACUCCACUCCAUGCAGCUGCUCAGCAACCCAGUACUGAAAUUGUAAACUUAUUGCUAGAAUUUGGAGCAGACAUCAAUGCCAAGAACACAGAACUCUUGAGGCCUGUCGAUAUGGCUACAUCUAAUAGUGCUGUAGAAAGAGUACUUCUUCACCAUGAAGCUACCCCAAGUUCUCUCUGCCAACUCUGUCGACUCUGUAUCCGCAACUACAUAGGAAGACAAAGGUUGCAUCUUAUUCCCCAGCUCCAGUUACCAACGUUGCUGCAGAAUUUCUUACAGUAUCGAUAACACAGUAAAUAGUUUUACAUUCUUUGAAAGUCAAAAAUUUCUAUUUCUUUUUAAAAUACAGAAUGAUACAGGUGAGACAAAUACAGUUCACCUGGGGAAGCAGUGAAAUCUCAACAGAUUUUUAUUUGAAAAAUACUCAUUAAUAGUUUAUGAAUUUUUAUGGCCUUUUGGAUAUUUUU